UAACACUUUGUUGCUGUUAUUGAAUUGCUGUUAAUAUCCCAAUACGAAAUGUAACUAAUAUAAAAUGGAAAAUUCUGCGCGAAUCGUAUAUGUGUGCAGUCUCUGCCUUCGUCAAUAUGAUCUCCAGGAGGAUCUUCGAGGACAUCUCGUCUACUUUCACGGCUAUGAGCCCAUCUCAACGCCCAGUGUCAAAAACAAAACUGCGAAGACUUCAACUAAGGAACAAACUGCAGCCGGCAGCAACAGCCAGGAUAAGCAAACCGUUGUGGAGCGAUCGGAGAACUCGGAACCCCCGGCAAGUGAACUGCAGCCCAUGCCUUUCAAGGACUUUCGGCUGGUGCUAAGGGCCAACAUGUUAGAGCCGUGCUCCUUUGGAAAGGAAUGCCCCUUCAAGUUCCAAGAUGCUACCAAAAUGGAGCUCCACUGUAGUUGCCAUAAGGGUGGCAGUUUUUCCUGCUGCGAAUGUGGCAUGGAACUGCCCAACUGGCGGCGGUGCUCGGCUCACCUGUGGAAAGCCCACCAGGUGGAUGUGGACCUACUAGUGUGUCCCGUUUUCGAAUGCAACUACAAGUCGCCCAUAUCCGCUCUCGUGUGGCGCCACAUGCAGGUUCACAAAAAGUGGCGACCCAGGGUGCUCCGGUCACUGGCUGCCGUUCAGCGGAGAAGAAAGCUCAAGGAACAGUCCGCAGAGAUGGCCGCGCAACCUGCUGCUCUGCCACCAUCGUCAAAGAAAAACAAAUACUAUGCCGAGAAGACUUGCGAGAUUUGCAAUCGCAAGUUUGUCAACGGUAAAACGCUCUCUAAACACGUGAAGACUGUUCACAACAAAAUCAAGCCAUUUAUCUGCAAUGUGUGUGGCAAAAAGACGGCUCGCAAGGCUAGCUUAAUAGUGAGUUCAGAUAGCACUUUACGAUCUUCUUGCUACCUAAUACUCUUUCCAGAUUCACAUGCGUCAGCACACGGGCGAGAAGCCGCUGCAAUGUGGCGAAUGCAAGUUCUCCACUCGCGAUCCCAGUGUCCUGCACAAGCAUCGGCAGCGUCAUGAUAGCCAGGACACAAGGAGCAGCCUGAAAUGUAGUCAGUGCGACUACUUCUGCAUCCAAGCCAAUGCUCUUAAGCGCCACAUGCGGCUCAAUCAUGCCGAAGCCUAUAGGGACUUGUGCUGUGAUAUCUGCAGCUUCACCUCAAUUAAUGUAGAACGACUACGAGCCCACAAACAGGAUCAUCGACAGGGCUUGAUCACAAAUUGUGAGGAUUCUAUGGAUGCACGUGCCGCUGGCUUCAAGUAUCCUCGAAAAGUGGGCGACAAGAACGGGGAGAUUUCAGCUGACUGUUUUAUGCCGUUGGAGAGCGUGGAUUCAUUGCCCCAUGAACCAGCUCUGGAUACGGGUGGUGUAACCAUACCAGCUCCUCCAUCUGAAGAUACUCAAUUUCCCACGUACUUAAAGGACUAAAAUUAUAACAUUUUAAGUUGAUAGAUUAGGGCGAUAAUCAUCCGGUUUCAGUUCGGUUUCAAGAUCAGCGCCGUUAAAUCUAGUUUACGACAGAAAUGUUUUCAUUUGGGCAGUUCACUAAUAACUUGUCUACAGGACUUCGCAGACCAAGUGAUCUGGAGAAUCCAAAAGUUAUGCAACUCCUGUCCACUUGUUUGCUAUAGUAAUGAAAAUAAGUUACUACCGAGUUACAAAAUAGAUUUAAACGUUUAUUGUCUGAGUUUGAAUCGAAUAUCAAAACAUAUUCACUAUUUGAGAGUGCAACUGAGUAGUACAGCAAAAUGGAAAAUAAAACACUCAAUAUAAAAUUGUU